GGCUAGGAGAGUGAAGAAUGACUGUGAGGGAGUAAUCGUGCUUUACCCAGCCUUUAAGUGACUCUUGUAUCCAAGGACGAAGGUAGCAACGCAUCUGAACGCCACUCUUCGCCCACGGACUGCUGUGGAGAAAUGAGGCGGACACAUAGGCUCUUGGCAACGCUUACAUAAAUCCAACAACCUGCUGGCCCUGCUUCACAGAGCCCCUGGGGUUUGAUGCAUCUGUUUCGGAAAGCGGGGACCGAUGACUGAGCAGAUCAUGACUGCCGCUACACUGAAACUACUAGAAGGAUAGGACCCGUGCCUCUUGAAUGGAGGAGAACACUGGAAAGGAGGAAGUAACAGGUGCCUGCUUGCCAAGGUGAAUUUGGAGGAGCAUCAUGGGGAAAUCGAACAGCAAGCUCAAGCCAGAGGUGGUGGAGGAACUGACAAGAAAAACUUACUUUACGGAGAAAGAGGUGCAGCAGUGGUACAAAGGCUUCAUCAAAGAUUGUCCAAGUGGGCAGCUGGAUGCAGUGGGCUUUCAAAAGAUAUACAAGCAGUUCUUUCCUUUUGGAGAUCCCACAAAGUUUGCUUCCUUUGUCUUCAAUGUAUUUGAUGAAAAUAAGGAUGGACGCAUCGAGUUCUCAGAGUUCAUCCAGGCCUUGUCAGUGACCUCCAGAGGGACUCUGGACGAGAAGCUGAGAUGGGCUUUUAAAUUAUAUGACCUCGACAAUGACGGCUAUAUAACUCGUGAUGAAAUGCUAAACAUCGUAGAUGCCAUAUAUCAAAUGGUGGGCAACACUGUAGAAUUGCCAGAGGAGGAGAACACACCGGAAAAGCGAGUGGACCGCAUUUUUGCAAUGAUGGACAAGAAUGCAGAUGGGAAGCUGACUCUGCAAGAGUUUCAGGAAGGCUCGAAGGCAGACCCCUCCAUUGUUCAGGCGCUGUCACUCUAUGAUGGACUAGUGUAGGAAUGGAAGAUGAGUCCAUUUAGCAUCCUCCUGCUGAUAGUCAAUCCAGCGCCAUCACCCUGCAGCAGGCGGAGAGGCUUAUUUCACUUUCAUCACCAAGGGAGCGGACUAUAGCGUUUCGUCGCAUGGCCAAAACGACACCUGUGCUGUAGCUGUUCGUCGUCUUUGAGGACACAGGACGAGGACUUUCCCAACCUGUCAGCACACAUCAUUUGCUUCUGCAGCUACGUAGCACCACUGCUCAGACAGAGCUGGAGCUUCUCAAGUGUAGAGUUGGUCCAGAGAACUGAAUCCCCACAGAGAUGUGUCUCCACCGCAAAGAAACAGCUGCUCCUUCACCCCCACAUGAUGACUUGAUGGGACUUCAGAUCUCCAAGAUGAUGGCAAGAACAUGAACUUAAAACUAUUAGGCAGUAUGGUGUAUGUUAUAUACUGUAAAAACAGCGGUAAAUUAUUUUCUGCUUUGCUGCAUUUAUGAGCAUUUCCUCAUAAAAAUGGAAUGGAUCGUUAUUUUUUAUCAAAAGUGUUGAAAUGUA